UUUCCCUCCCGACAGCGUGGAUCGUGUAUCACAGCCUGUGGAUUCUCCGCUUCAGCCGUCAGGGUGGCCAUGGCUUCCCCGUGCCUCAGCAGCGUUCUGACCCACGCCAACCUCACCAUGUACCCGAGCGGCAUCCCUGACCUCCACCAGCAGCCCCACCUGCUGCCCGGCGCCAGCCUGCACCACACCAACACGCCGGCGUACGACUGCGGCCUGAGCGGUCAGUGGUACCGGCAGGUGAACCCACUCUCCUGGAGCAAGGAGAACGUGCUGGAGUGGAUCAGUGACCACGUGGAGGACAGCGGCUUUGAUGCCAGCAGCCUGAGUCUGGCCUACUGCACCAUGGACGGCAGCACCUUGUGCCAGCUGGACCUGCACCAGAUGAUGGGCUAUUUUGGCCCGCAGAUCGGUCCGCGCCUCCACCAGAACCUGCAGGAGCUCAAGACCAAAUACGAGCUGCAGACUCUCUCCGGGCCUGAGAUCAAGGAGACCUGCACGCUGCUGGACCGCUUCUUUGACAGCCUGGGACCCAACGUGCCAAAGUACCCCCUGCUGAGCACCCUGAGAUUCGGCCAAGCUGAGGCGGCGAUGGGCCACGAGCGCUUCGACACCGCAGAGGACUUCGACCUCGACACACUGGCCAUGCAUCCCAUCAUGCACCACAGAGACGGCUACCUGUCUGAUAACCAGUCGGACAGCGACUACAGCUCCUCGCCCAACAGCGCCAUUUUCGGCUUCCCGAGCAUCGGCUCCCCGGAAUCUGGCAGCUGUGAGUCCGAGCCGGAGUUCGCCUGUCCCAGGAACUCAAAGUCACAGAUCAAGACGGAGAAGGGAGAGUCUCCGCUGAAGCGGCCCCGUGGUCGACCCCCCAAAACUGGACGAGACCCCAGCGCUUUCUACGACCACUCCAAGAAAAACAAACACGCGCCACGCGGCACCCACCUGUGGGAGUUCAUCCGGGACAUCCUGAUCCAUCCCGAGAAGAACCAGGGCCUCAUGAAGUGGGAGGACCGCUGCGAAGGCGUCUUCAAGUUCCUCAAGUCGGAGGCCGUGGCCCAGAUGUGGGGUCAGAAGAAGAAGAACGGCAGCAUGACCUACGAGAAGCUCAGUCGCGCCAUGAGGUACUACUACAAGAGAGAGAUCCUGGAGCGGGUGGACGGCCGGCGCCUGGUCUACAAGUUCGGAAAGAACUCCAGCGGUUGGAAAGUGGAGGAGAUCGGCGUGGGCAUGUGAGGAUGGCUGCGCUGCCAGGCGGUUGAGGAAACAGGAAAAACCGGCGCGGCCUGUUGGCGGGGGGGAAACCACCACGCUGCCCCGAACGUUAAGACACUGACUUCCUCUCUGUAGGAAGGUGUUGAUUAAAAUGUAAGCCAUUGUUUUUGGCUCCAGUAGGUUUUAUGAACCAAUAUUUUUAAGAUGUUUUUUUUUUUUUUUUUCUGGAAGAGUUGAGAUUGAUUGGUUUGAAACUCUUUUGGCUUGUGUUGCUGUGAUGAAGUGAAGGUGCGGAUCUUCAUGAUGCAGCAGCAAAUGAGGUGGUGAGGCGUUUGGGUCCGGAGCCUGAACUGUACCCACCUGUCCGUGCACUUGUUCUUUGUCCUGAUCGACCCUCGAGCUGUCGCCCUUCUGCUCGCAAUGAAAAGUCUUUGUAUUUGCCUGAAUCGUUUUUAUACAAUAAACUUUGAU